CAAUUACGAAACUCAUCGUGGAAAAGGUUUUCCAACAUGCAUUGAUAUAGGCCUACUCGUAAAAUUUAUCGUCAUGUAUCAUUCACAACACAAAAAAUAGAAUAUUAACCCUUCUUUCGGAGAACUAUUAACAUUUUAGAGAGUGAGCAAAGUGAUGCUCACGAACGUCGCUAACAAUACUGCUAGGCGAGAAGGCCUUUCAAUGGCGCGCUCCACUGAGUUGAGGCCGUGAACGUACCGGUACGUGUACUACACAGACAUUAAGGGCGUGUGCUUGAUCUUCGUAUACAAUUACAGCUCUCCACUGUCAUAAUGUCUGUGUCCGAGGAAACAAUGUCCGAAAUGCAGGAAUGCUUUAACCUCUUCGACAAGAAGGGGGAUGGAAAGAUUGAUCCAGAGCAACUUGGAGAUGUUAUGCGAGCCAACGGAGGCAAUCCAACACAGGCUGAAGUCAGAAAACUUCUCCAAGAAAUCUCUUCUGGACACAGGAUAACAUUUGAAGAGUUCUUACCAAUCAUGACAGCAACCAAUAAGAAGAGAGAACAGGGUACCCAAGAUGAAUUCAUUGAAGGUCUCAAAGUGUUUGACAAGGACAGCAGUGGUCUUGUUAACUCAGCCGAACUCCGACAUGUCCUCACCAGUCUUGGUGAAAAGCUGACCGAUGAGGAAGUGGAUAGUUUGGUCUCUGUCUGUGAGGAUACUAACGGUUGUGUUAAUUACGAAGAAUUUGUCAAGAUGGUGUACAACCGUUAGAAGGACCAAAGAAGUGUUCCAAUGUCCUUGUUCUUCUUCAGUAAUAUAUCAAUGCUAAUUUCACGAAGCUUUGACUGUCCACCCUGUGACCUUCAGGCCGCAUACAGACAUUAUUCAAAGGAACUAUGGAUUAGUUGUUCACCAGGAGAUAAAUAAGAAGAGGAUCAGAAACAUAGACUUUUUGCUCUUCGACCACGUUGCCAAGCGACAGACAAGUUUCCACAUGUUAAUCAUGGCAUAGUUUUUACAUCAACCUGCACAUCGUUUCACAAACUUCUCUGAUCAAUUUCAGGAUACCGGCUACUCUAGAAAUCUAAUGAAACCUUGAAGUGUGAUUGGUUGAGAGGAAUGUUGUUAGCCUAACAUUUCUUAAUUAAAACUUUUUUUUUUAAAUGGCCAUGAAGAGAACUGCUCAAAUACUAUGUCUGUGUGCCUAAAGGGGAUUUACAUACUCAUACACAGUAAAAACGCUAUUUAAGAUUUUAUACAACGCUGUUUACUAUAUGAACCUUACAGUAUUUGUUUAACCGUUUAAACAAUCAUGUUUAAUUCAUUAAAGAUUAGGUAUUCAAAAUUAAACUUUGUUGCUUAAGAUUUAAACACUUGUUUAAACUGUUUACACAAUUACUGUAAGGUUCAUAUAGUAAACAGCAUUGUAUAAUUUCUUUUUUACUGUGUAGUAGCCUAUAUUUACACAUCCAUGAUCCCUAAUCAUGUUCAAUAAGAAGUAGUAUAUAUAAGAUAUCUAAUUAAAUAACAUGGCAUGAGAGAUAUUUUUAUGAUUCAUAUAUGUUACAUAUAUAUAAUUAUAUAAAAAGCAAAUAUAUGAAAUGCAUUAUUAUUGGAUCAAUUUGUCAGUAUUAGAUCCAAUAUCAUAUCAAACAUUGGAUUUUACAAUAUAAUGAUGGUAGAUGCUUGAUUGUACCAUACAUUGACAGACUCUAAUUACUAAUUAAUCACAAAUUACUGCUUAUUAGGCUUGAAUCACUCAUUGUUCAAAGUUUCUUUGUAUUAAUACAGUAUAAGUUUAUUCUUCGUUUUGAUUAUUGUACCCCAUUCUAUGUGAUUGUAAUGUUUUGAAACGGUCUGAAGGGAUAUAGGAAAUUGGUGAAGGAUAGUUUUGAAUUUACUAAAUUGGCAACAGUUGAUUGUUGGUAAAUUGGCACCAAUUAACUGUUGAUUGAAUGGGCACCCAUUUUUGUUUGUUAAAUUGCUAACAGUUUAUGCUGUUGAAAUCGGCAACAAUUUAUUGGCUGUUGAAUUAGCAAAAAUGAACCAUCUUUUUUGUAAUGUUCAUUAAGGGGAUGUGAGUUUCUUUGUUUCUGUCAUUUCCAAAUAUGUAUGUCAUAUGCAUUCCAUGCUAGAAAAGAAUAUGGUUUAUGUGGUCAUUUUCAUUCAGAGGUGAUGAUAAUGUACAUGCAAGAUAUUUUAAAACCUCUAGUUUUUAUGUUCUCACAAUAGAUUUCAAAGUAUGCUUAGAGAAGCAAGGUGAAAAAAAUGUUUACAGUAAUUUUCGGACAUUGGGAACUUAGUAGGAGAAUGGGGCAUAAAGUAUAUAUAUAUAUAUAUUUAGUAGUGCUUCCAAUGCUAUUGGUGAACUGUAAGACAUGUAUUUAUGAUAUAUUUAAUAUUGACUAAUUAUUAAUUGCACACAGCUUAGUUCUUGUAUAGGUGCUCAAUAUUUUUUUCGUACUGUUUUAUUUAUAGUGAUAUUAUGCUAUCUGCAUUUAUUUGAUUAAAAAUAGCAGUUUUUCUUAUGCUGAUCAAAACAGGAAAUAAUUUUGUUUGAAUGGUUAGAAAAAGCCUUGUUUUAUAUUUAUUGGUUUUAGAUUUGAUUUAACGUAUUUCGUGAAUAAUGAUUUCUGGAUAUUUACAAAUAAAAAUAUAUCAUUGUACUCCUUUUUGUACCAAAUUAGAUUAAUACCUUGUGGUAAUUUCAAUAAAAUAAUGGUUAUGCUUUUAUGAAAUGCAUCAAAAAGUGUAAUUUUAUUUGCUCUUUGGUUAUAUGAGACCUCAAUUACAAAUUAAUCGAAUGUAUAUUGGGAUGGAUAGUUGAGAGUUAUGAGAGGAAGUUAGUGAGGGAAGGGGAAGGAAAGACAGACAAAAAGAGGACAGACGGAGUGAGGAAAUGGAAAAGAUUGAUAAAGAGAUAGAGAAAAGGGGAGAAGAGAAAUAAUUAUUAUGGGGUAAAACGAAAGGACUUUAUUGAUUUAAAAUAUUUCAUAUAAUAUCCAUUAUUGCGUAGGUGAAGUUUAGAUCAAACAUUUUGCCCAUGAGGCUAAAGAAAAGAGAGAAAAAAAACCCUGAAAUAUUUUCAAACGAUAUGAACGAGGGUGCAAAAUCUACAAAUAAACCCCUCAAAAAAAAGUUUUGAAAUCUGAGUUUGGCCAUCAAUUUCUCCCAACUCCCGAUUUACACAAUUCAUAUUUGAUAAUUCGAAAGACAAUUUAAUUUUCUUUAAAAUGAUACUAUGCUUGUUAUGAUCAUGCCAUCACGAAAAGAGCAGGAUUCAAAAGUGUUGGAUGAGGUCUGAAUUGAAAAGCUGCAAAACGAGCAGAAAUAGUCAUGAAGGGUCAAUAA